UAGCUGUGCCGGGGUUGCAUCGCCGUAUCAAAAUAAAUCUUCAAAAUGUCACUUUCACGAUGCCCUGCCAAAGACUGACGAGGGGAGAGACAGCAUCACCGACUCUCGACACAACUCGCUGAGAAUCACAAUGGCGCCUCCUUUCCAACGGCUUGCGGUCCUGGGACCUCAGAACAUCAUCUGUGCAGCCAGAGGCCCCCAGAUUCUGACCUUCGCCAAGGACGGUCAGAGUAUUUCGUCAUGGACUCAUCCCUCAACACAGCAAGCUGCAGACGGACCCAGCAAGAAUGAAAAUUUAGACACGAAUGGCGACAUUGAGAUGCAUGGUGACGAGCCGCCGGCCAAGAAACGGAGAGUCGGCGAGACUGAGUCUGUAGAAGCCAGCGAGUCUGAAACGAAACGAGAGACACCAAUUUCAGGACAAACUGCGAACGGCAAAGGCCAAAGAAAGCAACGGGCGCCAGUAGCCAAACAGGAGCACCAGUUCAUCAUCAAUCUUGUCGCGACAAAGGAUGGCAGCCAUGUGGUGGCAGUCAGUGGCCAGGACAAGGCCUUGUGGGUAUUUGAGCAUGACGGCUCUGGCAAGCUCACUGAACUGAGCCAGAGGAUCAUGCCCAAACGUCCCAGCUCAAUUGAUAUAACAGGCGACAACAAGACGGUUGUCUGCGCCGACAAGUUUGGCGAUGUCUACGCACUACCUCUUGUGCUAGGCGCUUCACCACCCGCAGAAGGCGAAGAUGGCUCCGAGGUAUCAUCAACAAUGGCUCAAGGAAAGCUCCGCGUGGUUUCCAAGAAGGGCGCCAACGAGCUUACAGUCCACUCAAAGCGCAACCUACGCGCCCUCGAGGAGCAAAGGCGCCAUCAGGAGCAAAUCAAGGACAAGCCCAAAGACGGCCCUGAAUUUGAGCACAGCUUGCUUUUGGGCCAUGUCUCCAUGCUUACAGCUAUACUGGCUCUUGAAGUGGACGGGCGGCCAUAUCUCCUCACGGCGGAUCGCGACGAGCAUAUUCGGAUUUCGCGGGGUAUUCCUCAAUCACAUGUCAUUGAGGGGUUUUGCCUGGGCCACACUUCGUUUGUCAAUGCUCUGUGCGUCCCGAGUGCGCGUAAUGACGUGCUCAUUUCUGGCGGAGGCGACAAAGAACUUUUCGUUUGGAAGUGGCAGGAUGGCCUGCUGCUUGCCAAGGUGGACCUGCUUUCACAUGCUCAAGAGGUGGUGCCUAGUGUUUCCCAGAUCGCGGUCUCGCAGCUUAUAUCCUACGAGGAUGCGGCCAGUGAGAGCUCAUUCAUACUUGCGACCUGUGAAAAGAUACAUGCGAUUUUCGCAUUCAGCUUGCGACAAGACGUUCUGAAGCACGAACAGACGAUUAGAACACCAGCCAGCCCGCUCGACGUCGUUGUUGUGCAGCAAGGUGACAGCCGGCUACUCGUCGUGGGAGUCGACGCUGAGAAGGGCGCCGAGUCCUUAAUUGCUUAUGAGCUCGACACCACAAAUUUGGCUUGGAGCGCAGAACCGAAGUACUUAUUUGACAGUAGCAAGGCCGACACUGGAUCUGGACCUGACGUGCCGCGAGAAGACCUCGACAGGCUCCUGUACACUGUGGAGAACUUGCGCAAGACAGAUAUGGAUGAUGCUGGGGAGGAAGGCGGUGGACCUGCCACUCCAGCAAAAGCCGAGGACUCGAAAGCGACAACGCCAGCCGUAGAGGAGGCGUAGUUAGGAUGCAGGCAGUGCAAAAUGAAUGUGUACAUGAAAUACAAGCCAUGUUCCAGCAC